GGGGUAGACCUUAAUUGUUAAUAAGAAUUUGUUCUUAACUAACUUAAGCCUAGUUAAAUAAAAGUGAAAUAAAAAAUAAAUAAACUGAAGUUUGGAAGCCGAAGUCUACCCCUCUUCGUCGGUGAUUGGUCAGCAGUAGUCAUUCUUCAAUUAAGUGUUUGUUGUCGUUCAGUGACAGAAGACUAGUUUUUGUGCAAUUUUUUUCACUUGAGAAAUAAUGUCUUAGUUAGCUGUAAAGUCGCGCGGCUAAUACCUUUAAGUAAAAACGAAUGACAUAUUUCUUGAUUUAUCUUAGAUUGAGUCUGACAGAUAUUGAUGAAGUGUUACUGUAUGUUGUUGCGUACAGUCUCUCUUGAGGGACAAAUUGAAGUUUUUUUUCCAAGCUACUGUCUUUUUAAGUGAGUAAAUGGCGCAGACGUUCCUAACCUAGGCUUUGAGACCCCUCGUAAGCAACCUGGUCUCAGAGCAUUUCGAGACACUCCAUUUAGUAUGACAUGUUACGUUUCGUAUGCCUAGACUGUCCUUCUAGCUCCUAUGUACUGUAAUCAAUGGAGCCUCAAGACCUAACCAAAGUGGUUCUGCUGGCUUGUGGGUCUUUCAACCCCAUAACCAAUAUGCACCUGCGUAUGUUUGAAUUGGCACGGGAUUACCUGGAAGAUACAGGACAGUACAUAGUUGUGAGGGGCAUCAUCUCUGCAGUGGGUGACGGCUAUAAGAAGAAGGGUCUGAUUGAGGCCUGUCACCGUGUAGAUAUGGCCAGGCUGGCCACAGACACCUCUGACUGGAUCAAGGUAGAUGCAUGGGAGAGCCAGCAGCCUGAAUGGGUGGAGACAGCUAAAGUGAUGCGGCAUCAUUAUAAAGAACUGACGACAGCGGAACAGAACAAUGACUAUGUGGACACUGCAAAGAAGAGGAGGAUUGAGGCGACAAAGCACACUUUUGAGGAUCCAUCCUCGUAUCACACAAGGAGAGACAACGGCCCUCAGCUGAAACUCCUGUGCGGCGCGGACGUCCUGGAGUCCUUCGGCGUUCCCAACCUGUGGAAGCACGAGGACAUUGCCGAGAUCGUGGGCCGCUAUGGCCUGGUGUGCAUCACCCGCAACGGCUGUGACGCCCACAAGUUCAUCCACCAAUCAGAGGUGCUGUGGAAGCACCGCAAGAACAUCCACGUGGUCCGUGAGUGGGUAACCAACGAGAUCUCGGCCACGCACGUGCGUCGGGCCCUGUGCCGGGGCCAGACCGUCCGCUACUUACUGCCGGACCCGGUGGUGAGCUACAUCCGGGAGCACGGCCUGUACAGUGCCGAGAGUGAGCAGAAGAACGCUGACGUCGUCCUUGCCCCGCUUCAGAGACACACCGGCCCCUCCUCCAGCUGAGGUGGCCAGCCAUAUCGCCUGCUGCCAACUUGAAUGCCUUGAGACCAUUGAAUGUCGGUGGGAGGAGCUAUAGGAUUACUGGCUCAUUGAAAUGGAAUAGAUGGAAGGGCAUUAAACGUGGUUUCCAUAUGUUUGAUACAUUUACAAUUUAUUUUCUAGCCAUUACAAUUAGCCUGUCUUCCUACAGCUCCCACUGGCCUCCUCUACUUGAGACUGUGUAGUAGAGGCAUUUUAUCUUUUACUGGUUUGAUAAGAUUUGUGAAUUAAUGCACAGAUGUUUUUGUAUAUUUUUGUAACAGUUGAAGUAGACUGCUCACCAGUGCUAGAAUGAGUUUGCACCAGAAUAGCCUCUUGUAUGGCAUCUCCUCAGAGAAUGGGUGAAUCUGCUAAAGUUUAAAUGAAUAACUGUGUUUUGUAGAAAAGUAUAAGCACCCAAGUAGUGGCAAUCCCAAGCGCCAGAAAAGUAUAAGCACCCAAGUAGUGGCAAUCCCAAGCACCCAAGUAGUGGCAAUCCCAAGCUCCAGAAAAGUAUAAGCACCCAAGUAGUGGCAAUCCCAAGCUCCAGAAAAGUAUAAGCACCCAAGUAGUGGCAAUCCCAACCUCCAGAAAAGUAUAAGCACCCAAGUAGUGGCAAUCCCAAGCGCCAGAAUGUAAACCCUUGAUCUGUCACUAACAGUGAAUCUGGUCCUUGGAGCACUUUAUCUAUAUAAUAGCACAGAUCAACACCCAUGAUUAUUUGUGUACAAAUGAGAAUUCCUUGAUUUACAAUGAGCCUGAUGUAUAACUACAGACAUUUUUCAUUUCGCAAUGCAGUGAUUAACAAGCUCGUCCACCCUUGAGUACAUUUAAAAAAAAAAAAACAAUGCUGGGGCUUUGGUGUGUGUGUGUGUGUGUGUGUUUUGACUAAUUCCCUCAGGCAAAGGCAGUUGGUAUAUAUGGAAGCCGUUCACUAGAGCGACAUACAAACGGCAUGGUGUGUAUUGAGAGAAAUAAAACGCUGUCUUUGUUUUGCA